UUCCCACGCCCCACUGCGCUGUGGGAUAGUGGCACUAUAAAGUAUAUCCUCUCUCGGCGAAAGAUAAGAAGCCCGAGACAGGAGGGGGAUGAAGAUGGCGGACGCCAAGCAGAAGCGGAAUGAACAGUUAAAGCGAUGGCUUGGCUCGGAAACGGACCAGGAGCCUCCUGUUUUGAAAAAGAAAAAGACGAAGGUGAAGUUCGAUGAUGGCGCCGUGUUUCUGGCCGCCUGUUCGAGCGGCGAUACCGAGGAGGUGCUCCGAAUGCUUGACCGGGGCGCUGACAUCAACUACGCCAAUGUAGACGGUCUCACCGCCCUCCACCAGGCAUGCAUAGAUGACAAUGUCGACAUGGUGACUUUCCUGGUGGAGCAUGGAGCCUGCAUCAACCAGCCUGAUAACGAGGGCUGGAUCCCCCUCCACGCUGCAGCUUCCUGUGGAUACCUAGACAUAGCAGAAUAUCUCAUCAGCCAGGGUGCCAGUGUAGGAGUUGUAAACAGUGAGGGCGAGACGCCUCUGGACAUUGCCGAAGAGGAGGCAAUGGAGGAGCUCCUGCAGAAUGAGAUCAACCGGCAAGGGGUUGAUAUCGAGGCAGCCCGGAAAGAGGAGGAGCGCAUCAUGCUGAGGGAUGCCCGGCAGUGGCUCAACAGCGGCCAGAUCCAAGACGUGCGGCAUACGAAAUCUGGAGGAACGGCGCUCCAUGUAGCUGCCGCGAAGGGAUACGUUGAGGUUUUAAAGCUUUUAAUCCAAGCAGGGUAUGAUGUAAAUAUUAAGGACUAUGAUGGCUGGACUCCUCUACAUGCAGCAGCACACUGGGGCAAAGAGGAGGCCUGUAGGAUACUGGUUGAGAAUCUAUGUGACAUGGACAUCAUGAAUAAAAUGGGUCAGACUGCUUUUGAUGUAGCAGAUGAAGAUGUUCUGGGAUACUUAGAAGAACUACAGAAGAAACAAAAUCUGCUGAGAAAUGAGAAGAAAGAUGUUAAGAAAUCUCCUCUGAUUGAAACAACCACCACUGGGGACAACAAUCAAUCACUGAAGCCAAUCAAGAGCAAAGAAACGCUGCUUCUGGAGCCCGAGAAGAGCGCUCCUCGCAUCGAGACCUUAGAGCCAGAGAAAGUGGACGAAGAAGAGGAGGGUAAGAAGGAUGAAUCAAGCUGCUCUAGUGAAGAAGAGGAGGAAGAAGAUUCAGAAUCAGAGACUGAAGCAGAAAAGAGCAAGCCCUCAGCAGCAGUGAGCAACAGCACAACACCAACCAGCGUCACGGUGUCUUCUCCAACUAGCCCAACUAACCAGGUGACGACCCCCACUUCACCAGUUAAAAAGUUUGAAUGUAUUACUCCCCUCAUGCCUGUGGCGGAGCCAGGCUGUCCUGCAUUGUGGCGUCAAGGUUUGCGCAAAACUGGCAUUUCUCUAGUGCCCAAAAAACUUAUGGUCACUCAGCCUGCUGGAAAGGUCUCAACUAAAGUGGAGGAGGAGAGGAAGGAUGAGUCUCCAGCGUCCUGGCGUUUGGGUUUGAGGAAGACGGGCAGCUAUGGAGCGCUGGCCGAGAUCACUGCCACCAAGGAGGCGCAGAGGGAGAAGGAUACCACUGGGGUUAUGCGUUCGGCCUCGAGCCCUCGCCUCUCCACAUCUCUGGACAACAAAGACAAGGAGAAGGAAAAGGAUAAAGGAACCCGGCUUGCCUAUGUGGCUCCAACCAUUCCCAGGAGACUGGCCAGUACUUCGGACAUUGACGAGAAGGAAAACAGGGACUCUACUGCUCUGAUACGUAGCGGCUCCUACACCCGGCGACGCUGGGAUGACGACCUGAAGAACAGUGAAGGAAGUGCCUCCACCAUCCGAACCCCCAGCUACCAGCGCAGCACUUCCCAUACGCUAGCGCUAGGGCGGAGCGGCAGCACGCGGGACGUGCCAGCCAAGUCUUCGUCAACCUCCAACUUGGACCCUAACACCUGUAAUACUAAACCCUGGCAGCCACCCACCUCCCACUACCCGUCUUACAGCAUUUACCGCAGCGGCUCAUUCGGCAGACGACACGAGGACUUGGGCUCCUCGACCACUUCCUCCUCCACGACCACCUCCACCUCCUCAUCUGUUACCUCGCCCACGGGCCAUCGUGGCCUGUACUCAAGCCUGGGCUCCUCCUCCACUCGCACUGGCUCCACCAGUCUCACCAGCAGGUACUGGUCAGAGGAGAGUGCAGAGAGGGAGAAGGAGAAGGAGUCGGCUGCUGUCGUCCCCACUAUAAACACUGGCUCUACUACGACCACCACGUCUACCACUACCACCACUACCACUGGCACUGGCACCGAAAGACGCAGGUCAUACUUGACUCCAAAGCGAGAUGAGGAGUCGGAGUCUCAGAGGAAAGCUCGCUCCAGACAGGCUCGACAGUCAAGGAGGUCCACCCAGGGUGUGACUCUGACUGAUUUACAAGAGGCUGAGAAAACAAUCGGCAGGAGUCGUACCACAAAGACUCGGGAGGAGGAGAAAGAGGAGAAAGAGAAGCAGGACAAGGAAAAGCAAGAGGAGAAGAAGGAGACUGAGACAAAGGACGAUGAUUACCGAUACAAGUACCGCACCUACGAUGAGCGGUCAAGGCCUUCAUCUUCUUCCACCUCCACCAUUUCCUCAGUCAGCACUGCCUCCACCCCUUCCUACUCUAGCACCACGUCCUCCAGUUCUAGCUCCCUCAACAGGCCUAACAGUCUGACGGGGAUAACCUCCUCCUAUAGCCGUUCCUCCAGAGAUACAGAAAAGGAAGCAGACAAGAAGGAGGAGGAAAAGGAGGGAGAGGACAAGUCUCAGCCCCGCUCCAUACGGGAUCGCAGGCGGCCCCGCGAAAAGAGACGUUCCACUGGGGUCUCCUUCUGGAGUCAGGAUGGUGAUGAAAAUGACCCCGAUCAACAGUCUGACUCGGAGGAGGGCAACGCCAAGGGAGAGCCACAGAGUGACCGAUUGUUCAGGAAUGAGAGCACUUCAUCCUUAGAUCGUAAUGACACUCUUUUUACCCGUAGCUACGGUGAGAGUCGAAGGCCGUAUUCUAGCCGACUGGAUAAAGAUGACGCCACUGACUACAAGAAGCUCUACGAGCAAACAUUAGCUGAGAACGAGAAGUUGAAGGCUCAGUUACGUGACACAGACCUGGAGCUGGCAGACUUGAAGUUACAACUAGAGAAGGCCACACAGAGGCAGGAACGCUACGCUGACCGAUCACAGCUUGAGAUGGAGAAAAGGGAAAGAAGAGCUCUAGAAAGGAAGAUUUCUGAGAUGGAGGAGGAACUUAAGAACCUCCCCCAGGUAAAGCAGGUUCAGGCCCUACGCCAGGUUAAGGAGCGGCUGCAGGCUGAGAACCGGGCCCUGGCCCGCGUGGUGGCAAAGCUCUCGCAGUCGGCCUGCAGCCAGCUGCCCACCGUCGACCUCUAAGCCACGUCCGUCUGUCCACCACCAUCUCCUGCUUCUUCUUCUUCUCUCUUUUUCUUCUUCUGCUUCUUCUUCUCCUCCUUGUCCCCUCCCCCCUUGCAAACCCCAUUCUUCUCAUGCUCCAUUCGUGCUCUGCCCCGCACCCAUAGACAGGCAGGUGUCCAGCCGUCCAGCCAUCACUGGUUUUGAAAAACAACCCUUUCUGCCCCCCUCUGCCUCCCCAGAGCUUUUUGUUUUCAGAUUGGGGAGGGUGUCUUUCUUUGGUUUUCACAGCAGGACGCUCUCCUUUUGCAGUACACGCCUGUCAGGUGGUUUCCACACCUCCAAAACGCAUGAAAACAUUAUCCUAAAUAUUCCAAAUUACAUGUGAAUGAUAACGGAAUAAAGCAAAGCUCAGGUAAGUGUUUGCGGGUUGACAGGUCUGACUGUACUGUGAAGGAAAGUGUCCUCUUUGAAGUUUCUACUUGUGAUAAUAACUUCAGGGGGAGCUCAGUAGUUCUGUUUGGCUUGUUUUGGCUUCUUUGCAUGAAGUGGCUUCCUUUGGACCCAAACCUUCAGAGACCAAACCCACCUUAUCCUCCCCUCCUUUUCUGUUGAGUUUACCAAAUGACAUCAACAAAUAUUUAAGACGAAUGCAUGCACGUAUGGUUUUAUCUUGGACUUGUACACAAUAUAGUGUUAUAAGUUGUCAUAAGCAGUCAGUCCUUAUAUGAAAUCAAGCAGGACUUGGGUCUCUGGGGCAGUCUCCUCUAAACACCGUAGAACAUGUCUUACACCCUUGUACAAAUGUUUUAAAGUCAUUUAUUUAAUCAGCUAAUCAUAUUGAAAGCAUACUGCUGCCCAAACAGGAACUUUUCAAGUCUUUAUUGUGCUUUUAUGGGAGAUAUUUAAGCUUUACAACUGACAGCCAGUUCCAGGAUUUAUAAAUUAUGGGGCAAGAGAAAGUCUGGCUUACUUAAUACAGCUCAUUCAGCUCUGUGUUGCUGCCUGUAAUGCAUUAAUAUGCACAUGUUUAAAAGAAUGUGUUCUGAAGUUCAGUAGAUGUCAUAAAGAAGAGGAAACUGAUGCAUAAUCUGGCUUUAGUUAAAUUAAACACUCAAAUUUCAGUUGUGAUCACAAAGUUUUGCAUCUCUGCCCGUUUCAAAUUUAAAACUUUACCUGAUUUAAAUUUGGCACAUCUCCUCUUCAGGGUCAUCUCCUUGUGCAGCCCUGCACCACUUGUGGAGCAGCUGCUUUUUAGAUCGCUCUCUAAAAAUCCCAUUCUGACCACUUGCAUGUGUGUUCAUGGCAAUGUGGAAGUUGCAUUGCAUUUUGAAGAAGAGUUUAAAAACAAAACAAAAAGAGCCAGGAAGCCCAAGCUUAGUGAGCGGUGUUGGAAGAUUAGCACGCGAUGACACGUUCCACAGUUCAGGCUGUUUGCCAGCGUGCUACAGUAAGAACCCACAUUAAAAGUUUGACAGUGUCACAAAGAAGUAGCAUCUUCACUCAAUGCUAGAAGCCCCAGCAGCUUUAACUGCCAGUGAUGAUCCUUGCUGUGAAAGUUUGAGUUGGGUAAAAAUCUCAAUAAAAUCUGAGGCGUAAGUUGUCAGAACAGGAUCUUCAUGAAGCAGUCUAAAACUGGCUGCUGUGCUGGAGAUGAGGCAGAGGUGCACAAGUAGACAGCUUUGAAGGCGAGAUCAGCUGGAAAUAAGUCCGGUAUAGUUUCUGAUUUCCAUCUGUAAAGGCCUCUACACAACUAAAGCGUAAAAUCCGUGCCAAUAAUCCGUGCGUUUAAAGAGUUUUUUCGACUCAUGUGUUCUUAAUGCAGCCGUUCACACAGACUGCGAUUUUUAAACAGAUCUGACCAAUCAGAUCACUGCAUUUGGUAACAAGUCUGCAUGAUUCUGAGCUAGGGAAUAAUUUUCUGCAGACAAUGAGCAUGUGUAUAAUGGCCUUAAGUCAGGAACAUUAAUGUUAACAUUUUAACAGAUUUGCACUUGAUCAAAUGUGACUUUUUUCCCCCUCUGCUGUGUGUAUUUUUGAGGCUGCCUGCAGCAGCCGCUUAGAUUCUGCAUGGCUUUGCCAGAAUCUUUGGCCUGUUGUGUGCCCGCUUUUACUUUUGACUUGGAACAAAGAUGUUGGGUUUUGUUUUUGUUUUUUUCCUCUUUAAUCAGAAUCAGACGACCAAAAGUGAGAUGCUGUGUGUGACUCCUGAGAUUGCUUUACACAGACUGCAAUUAACAGUUUGUUUAAAAAAAAAAAAAAAAAAAAAAAAAAAAAAGCGGCGUGGCUGGUUUUUAACCUGUUUACGUGGCGAGACUUGUCUAAGCCUCUCUCUCUCUCUCUCUCUCUCUCUCUCGCUCUCUCUCUCUCUCGCUCUCUCUCUCUCUCUCUCUCUCUCUCUCUCUCUCUCUCUCUCUCUCUCUCUCUCUCUCUCCUUCCUGUUUCCUUUUAUCCCCUUUCAGAUGCUCCCAGACUUGAAAGCAGACAACCAGAGACUAAAGGACGAGAACGGAGCGCUCAUUCGAGUCAUUAGCAAGCUUUCCAAGUAGAACAGACCCCACCUGCCCCAUCUUCUGCACCCCCCUAGUCCCCCAUGGCAGUGACUAAUGGAAUUGCACAUUUAGAUAUUAAUUGCAACAGACAUCAGAGACAAGACUCCCGUUUUCUUUCUUCUUCUUUUUUUUUUUUUUUUUUCUUCUCCCAUUGUUUUUCUCCUGAUUCUUAAUCGCCCUUUUGCUCCUUCACCACUGCAGCAUCCACCCAUCAUGUUCAUCCAUCCCUCCCCUCCCCAUGCACCUCCUCGAAUUGAACCCACCAGAUUGUGUGGCUGCUGUCCUGAUAGAACCACUGAGUUUACAGAGUAAAAGGAAGAAGGGUGUGUGUGCGUGUGUGUUUUGUGUGUGAGAGAUCAGCAUGUAAAAGCAUUGUGGGCGGGGAAGCCUGAAAACUAUUUAACCAGUAAGCCUUAGUUGUACAUAGAGAGAAAAAGAAACACACUUGCAUCGGUCUCUUCUGUCUCGCUCCUCCUCCUCCUCCUCCCACUCUGGGCUAUCUCUGAAGAACAGAUAUUAUCCACCACCUGAUUUUAUUUGUGCCACAAUCUCUUAUUUGAUGUAACAUUUCUUCCUGUGUACGUGUUGUGUGCUGUGCAGUCCCUCCACUUCCCCUCAAAACCCUCAAAGUGCCACUUCUGCCUAAUAUCAGCUCCUUGUGGCCCCAUCCUUUUUUUUUUUUUUUUUUUUUUCUUUAUUUACCACCCCUCUUCUCCCCUUUCCACCCACAGAUCACUAAUGCACACACAGUUCUCCCGCCCCCUCCAAAUUUUUUUUUUUUUUUUUUUUUUUUUUUUUGUACCUCUGCGUGUCUUCCUCCAAGAGGGAAAAUUUUGAAUUCUCGCUUUAGCGACAUGAGGCGGACCUGGUGGAAUUUAAGCUUUCACUGUAUGUGCAAUAUGCAUUUUUUUUCUUUUUCUUUUUUUAAAUGCUUUAAUGAUGACGAGUCCAUCACAAGUAGGAUUUUUCACUCUUCCACCACUCCCAUCGCUCACCUUCUCCCCCCUCCCUUUUUUUUUUUUUUUUUUUUUUUAAGUUUGUAGUGUAGUCAGUUUAUACUCUGUAUUUCUCACUUUGUUUUAGCAGGUACUGAGUGAUGCUGUAUAUACCUGUAUGUAUUUGUUUGAGACCAGCACAUGGCAUGCAUUUAUGGUUCCCGUCUGUUACUAUUAAAAAUUCCAGAGGACAAACAGGUGUGUUUUAAUUAUUAUUAUUAUUAUUAUUAUUAUUAUAUAUUUUUUUUUCCUUUAUAGACUAAAGACAUUGGAUACAAUACAGUAGAGCCUCUCUUAUUCACGGGACGGCUGGCAGUGUUCAGUGCUUUUGUUUUCCGGUUUUAAAAUAAGUGUUCGCACAAUUGUAAAAGUUGGAAAAAAAAGAAAAAUAAUCGCUUCACUACAUUUCACUUUCUUUGUAUUCAGUAUCUUGGAAGAGUGCUGUUAAUUUUGUUUCCAUUUUUUUAAGCUCUAGUAUUAUAGCCAAGGUGUUGUCACUUAAAAAAGGAAAAAAAAAAAGUAUCUUAGGUAUUGCUAACCCAGUCCUUUCUACAAUGUCUACAUGCACUGUCAAUGCCAUGUGAGGAGUCUUGAUGUCAGGUUGAAGCAAAAUCGCCACCAUCAAAUAUUCCAUUCAUCUGAGAACAUUUUAUGCAUUUCAGUGGCCUUUUAAGGAUAUUUUAGUCAAAGAAUUUAAGACAAAGUCACUGCAGAUGGACUGACCAUCAUAUUUUUUUUUUUUUUUUUUUUUUUUUUUUUGGUUUUGUUUUUUUGUUUUGGGGUUUUUUGUUUUUGUGUUGUUUUUUUUUUUUUUUUUUUCUCCCAUCAUCUUGUAAAAUAGGUGUGUGGCUUAAUACAUGCAAGUUGUGCUGUGACUACCAACCACUGAAGAGUUCAUUAAAAAUAAACUUGUACAUUGUAAAGUU